AAAGCAAAGCGUGUAGGGUACCUCUGGCAGCUUUUUGUAACGGCGUUGAACCGCGAUGUGCUGCUUUUUGGAACAGUUGCUGGAUCUGUGCUGGCUGCCUUGACUGUUGCAUUUUAUCACCUCUCCGGCUGGGAGUUUUUGGAGCACGCCUACCUCUACCACCUGACCAGGAGGGAUACCCGGCAUAAUUUCUCUCCCUAUUUCUACAUGUUGUACUUAACUGCAGAGAGCAAAUGGAGUUUUGCCCUUGGGCUCGCAGCUUUCCUGCCCCAGCUGCUUUUGCUCCUGGUUGUGUCCAUAGCGUUUUACAGAGACCUUGCCUUCUGUUGUUUCCUACACACCGCUAUUUUUGUGAGUUUUAACAAAGUAUGCACAUCCCAGUACUUUGUCUGGUAUCUCUGCCUUUUGCCCCUCAUAAUGCCUAGUGUUAAGAUGUCCUGGCGUCGUGGCGUGCUGCUUCUCUUUCUGUGGUUUUUUGGACAAGGCCUGUGGCUCGCUCCCGCAUACUUUCUGGAGUUCAAAGGAUAUAACACUUUUUUACUUGUAUGGUUGGCAGGCUUGCUUUUCCUUUUUAUUAAUAGCCUCAUAAUUGUUCAGAUUAUUUCACAUUAUCAAAAAGAAACACAAGUUCCAAAAAAACUCAAACAACAGUAA